AUGAUGGCAGUCCAACUUUCUACUGGCCAUGUCAUUUAUGACGCAUUUCAGGAUACAUUUAUGCGAAGCGAGUUAGAAACAAGAUUGUUACAUAUUGAACCUAGUGAGAUGUUAAUAGCAGACAAUGUGACGCGUCCUACUGAGAAACUUGUAUCCCAUUUAAAUACAUUUGGUGAAGUGCGGAUUGAAAGAAUGGAUAACAUGUUUUCCAAUGAUUACAAUUCGGCAUUGACAUUUGUAUCGGAUUUUUAUGCUUCCACAUCUCUUUUACCCACAAUUGUCGAAUUACCGGAUAUUAUCAUAAAAACAUUGGCUUGUUUGAUUCGGUACCUGGAUGAAUUCAAGUUAUCAAGUAUCUUGAAAAAUACAACAUUUAGUCAUUUUAUAUCCGAAAGCCACAUGUUAUUAAACGCCAAUACAUUGGUCAACCUUGAGAUCUACAAAAAUAGUACCAAUGGCAAGGAACAAGGAUCGCUAUUUAGUAUCUUGAACCAUACGAGUACGAAAUUCGGUCAACGAUUAUUAAGACGAUGGGUGGGCAGACCUUUGCUAAAUGUCGAGAGAUUAAACCAACGCAUUGAUGCGGUCGAAGAAAUCAUCAGUACAGAACUAGUUCAAAAGAACCGUCUAGUCACACUAUUAAAGAAAUUACCAGAUAUUGAAAAAGGUUUAUGUCGUAUCCAUUACGGAAAGGCUUCACCCAAAGAACUUGUUGAAGUCUUGAACGCAUUUUAUAAGAUUUCAUCCUCCUUCUCUUCAAACGAACCACGAUUUAAGUCCGACUUGCUGAACACACUCCUCGAUAUUUUACCCACCAUCCAUACCGAUGUCCAAGAAUACUUGGAAGCUAUUCAUCCUGAUGUAGAAAAUAAGGCAGAUUUCUUUCGAUCCGAAGCACAAUGGCCCGAGAUACCGAAACAAAAGAACAAUAUAAAGUACAUUGAAGCCUUGCUACAGGAUCAUUUGACCGAAUUGAAACAAUCCACGGGCAUAUCCAAUUUAAAAUAUGUGACAGUAGCAGGCAUUGAAUACUUGAUAGAAGUGCCUAGCAAAGUAAAAGUACCCAAUCAAUGGCUCAAGAUCAGUAAUACCAAAUUAGUGUCUCGAUACCACGAUAAAUACAUUCUUCAGCAAUUGAAAGAACGUGAUCAACAUCGAGAGUUAUUAAGUAUGGAAGCAGAAAAAUCAUAUACGCAAUUUUUGGUGGACAUUUCUGCGAAAUAUCAAGAUUUUCGUCAAGUGGUAUCUAGUUUAGCACAACUGGAUUGUCUUUUAUCCUUGUCCAUCACAUCCAGUCAGUCGAAUUAUUGUAAGCCCAUCUUUGCAUCCACAAUAGACGUGAAGGACAGUCGACACCCGAUCAUCGAGCGCAAGGAAAGUAAUUAUGUACCCAACGACAUUCAAUUCACAGAGACACAACGAGCCAUGGUUUUGACAGGUCCCAAUAUGGGAGGUAAAAGUUCUUACGUGCGUCAGAUCGCCUCCAUCUGCAUCAUGGGACAACUCGGAUCCUAUGUACCUGCCAAAUCUGCCCGUCUCAGUAUCUUGGAUGCAGUGUAUACACGCAUGGGUGCGUCAGAUAAUAUGAUGCGAGGCGAAAGUACAUUUAUGGUGGAACUGCAUGAGACGUCUGAUAUCAUGAAGCAUGCUACAGAGAGAUCGCUGGUGAUCCUGGAUGAAUUGGGAAGGGGAACGAGUACGCAUGAUGGACAGGCCAUUGCUUAUGCAGUGUUGGAUUAUUUCAUCACGCGCAUAAGAGCCAUGACAUUGUUUGUUACACAUUAUCCAUGCAUUGGGCAGUUGGAGACGGAAUAUCCACAUAACGUCAGGAAUUGUUAUAUGAGUUACUUGGAGCAGGAUGAAUCGAAUAUUGUGUUUUUGUACAAGUUGGUGGAUGGUAUAGCUCAGGACAGUUAUGGGUAA